AUGUGGAUCCUCGGGAACGAAGAGUCGUAUAGGGAAGUAAGAAACCUCUUUGGUUGCAACAGAGGCCUGGUGUUCUACACCGUUCAAGAAAUGGUAACAGUGUGGAGCAAGCUAGGUACACAAAUGAUUUCGUGGCCAACAAACCUUGCCCUGUACUCUUCGGAAUUUCAACAAAAAUGGGGAUUUCCCGCUGCAAUUGGUGCCGUUGAUGGGUGCCAUAUUGCCAUUCAGGCCCCUGUUGUUGAGCAGAGUGCAUACUACAAUAGGAAAGACUUUCAUUCGGUGAUCUUCCAAGGAUGCUGUGACGCAAACCUAAUUUUCACGCACGUGUACAUUGGGUCCCCUGGGAGGAUGCACGACGCUAGAGUGCACACCAACACUGGUCUCGAGGAAUUGCUCAAAGAGCUACCAGGAGAGAUGCAUGUGCUUGGAGAUUCUGCUUACCCACUGCGAACAUAUUUGAUGAGACUUUUCAAAGACAACGGGCAUCUCUCAAGUAGACAGCAGAACUUCAACACAAAGUUAAGUAGGGCACGCAGCGUUAUUGAACGUGCUUUUGGCAGGUUGAAAGGUAAAUUUCGUGUACUAAAACAUCUGGACAUGAGCCGCCAAGAUCUCAUUUUGGAGUUUCUGAUGUCAGCAUGCUUUCUCCACAACUUCAUCUUGGUUAAUGAAUGUGAUAAUGAUAGUCAGGAUUAUGAGCCAGAGGGCAGGCACCAGGCCCCCUCAGAUAGCAAUGACGAGGACAGCAGUGGCCAGGAAAAACGUCAGCGAAUUGUGGACAUGAUCUGUUAA